GGACCAAUCGAGCGUUUCUAUCCCGAGUCCCUACCGUUGGACUGUGCUAGCGGCUGGUGUGGGAUGGUGUGGACUUCAGUUGCACAGUACAGUGGGGGUACUGACGCACGGGUAUAGAGAUAAGCUUAUUUAUUUACAGCGCGACUGCACGGAUAAAUACACACUCUUUAACGGAAUCUUUUUUUCUUCACGUGUAAUAUUAAUUCUAUUUUAAGAUUGAAAGUUAUUUAAAGAGAGUGAAGGAUAACUAUUGCGAAAGUUUACUUAGAAUACAGACUUAAGAUAGGAUUCGGCAAAACGUCUUCGGUGUUACUGCGUUACUACAGUUUUCUAAAUGUUUUUAUUUUUGACUAACCUGCUUACGGUAGGAUAAGCCGUUUUUAAAUUAGUUGCUUUACAAUUUAGAGUGACUGGGCGUUAAAGCAGAAUUUUCAGAAGUUGGGUGACAUGGUUCCUGCCCCCCGUCCGCCAUCGCUCACUCUUUCGGGGCAAUACGAGCAAUGCAGUGGGACUGGACACUGUUUCAAACCGCCAGUUGAUAACGUGGAUAUUUUCCAGGCUGCUAAACUGGGGCAGCUUGAGGAGUGUAGACGUGUUGUCUCGGCAGAGGGUGCGGGGGUGUUACACAGGGUCGACUGCUCCGGUCACACCCCAGCGCACUGGGCUUCCCUGGCUGGUGCUGUGGACAUCGUCCAGUUUAUCCUGGAGACGGGAGGCCCAGUGGACCUUCCCGGCGUGGGGGAGCAGGCUCAGAGGCCGGUGCACUGGGCUGCCUUGAACGGGCACAUCGCGGUGGUGGACCUGCUGCUGGGGGCCGGGGUCUCCAUGGACACGGCUGACCACAGGGGCUACACCCCCCUGAUCCUGGCCGCUCAGUACGGACACACCGCACUCUGCUGCUACCUGAUCGGGAAAGGGGCCCAGCUCCACCUCUGUGAUGCUGAAGGGGACAACGCCUUGCACUGGGCCGCUUUCAAAGGACAUUGUGAGUUGACCCGAUUGUUGAUUUAUUCUGGAUUCAACCCGAAGCAACCGGAUAAGAUUGGUCAAACCCCCCUGCACCUGGCCGUCCUCAGCGGAGACUUGCUGACCGUACAGCUGCUUUGCGAGCAGGAUGGAGUAGAUUUGGAAACGGAGGAUAUAAAUGGGAACACCCCUCUGAAAUUGGCCCGGGGUCACAAACACUGGGAAAUAUCCACGUACCUGGAAAACGCAAUAUGCCGUUCAGGGCGGCUCAUUCCCAAGUUUGACUGGAGUGCAUUGGUGUUUGGCCCACCUGGAAAAUCCAAGGGCCCUGUGCUUUUCCUGUUAUCUUGCCUGUUCCUCUGGGGAUACCCCACUUACCUGUUCAAGAUUGUCUCGGUCUCCUUUAACAAGCUGUGGGAGUUUCAUGUGGCCUUCCUGCUCGCCAAUGCACUGAUGUGGUUUUUCUUCCUAAAAGCUUCCCUGAUGGAUCCAGGGUUUCUUCCCAGAGACAGUAAGGAAUAUGAUCAGGCCAUUAGACAGGCAGUGCACUGUGAGGGCUGGAGGCAGGGCAGGAAUCCCCUUCUCAGACUGUGUCACACCUGCCACAUCGUCAGACCCCUGCGCACCAAACACUGCCGUGUCACCAACCGCUGUGUGGAGCACUUCGACCACUACUGCCCCUACAUCUACAACACCGUGGGCCGCAGGAACAGGACUUACUUCCUGGGGUUCCUGAGUUCGAUGAGCUUGAACUGCUUCAUGGGCGUGUACCUGUGUGUGGACUGGUUUUCCCAGAUGGGCCGUAGCCUCUUCAUCGGGGCGGGGUUCCUCUUCAUGGCCAUCAUCGGGGUGAUAUCUGGCAUCAUGGCCUGCAUCUGUCUUCACAUGGCAGCUCUGAACACCACCACCAAUGAGCAGCUGAACCAUCACAAGUACAGCUACCUGCGGGAGGAAGAGGGCCAGGCCGCCAGCCUGUUCGACCGCGGCGUGCUGCUCAACCUGCUGGAGUUCUUCCACAUGGUUCCCUCCCUGCAGGAGGGCCAGCUUAGGACCAUGGACUAUCUCCAAGUUAUAUAACGCUAAAACUGGCUCCUGGAUGUGAAGCAAACUACCUAUACGCACCCAGUGUGUAAAUACAAUCUUUAAGCAACCUGUAAGCCAUGCUGGAACAAUGGCUAAACAAUCCUUCCAGAAAGAAAAUAAGGGACUCUGUUGCUAUUUCGCUGAGCUAGCAGGGUAUGCAGAGUGGAAACAGUAGCGACUAGGAAAAAACUUCAGCUACGCUCAAAGUAGAGAGGAAGAAAUUACAGGUUUUUUCCUUCUUUUAAAAUAACUCAAACUGCACCUACAAUCUGCUCCAGCUCUCUGGCCCUAUCACCAGCAUCAUAUGCUGCUUAAAAAAAUGUAUGUACAGGAGCACAAAAUUACCUGUAUGGAGCUUUGCUUAAGACCUGCAAGACUCGAACAAUGGCUACUCCCCAGAAGGGAUGCCAAGAAAAACUAAGAAAAACUGUCCAUCUGAUAAAAAAACAAAACUGUUUUAUCCUUCUGCAUCGUACUACUGUUCAUGGCCUCCCUCUUCACUGUGGGUUCUUUCAUGUGUCACAGGGUAUACUAUUUCUGUGUUGCUGCUUUUAUCCAAUCGGGUACUGCCAGCCACUCAGGGGCAUUCUCAGUGAAUAGUGUAUGCCUAAGAGGCAGAGGAUGCUGUUAUUCUCUAAGAUGGAAAUCGUCACCCAGUAUCUGUGGACAGACUGCCAGGUGAUGCGUCCUAAAGUGCUUGCUCAGUUUGGACUCGGGUCCUGACCUUGCCAGAACCAUCUGCUGGAAGAGCGGUGCUUAUGUGGCAGUUAUGUCACCCAGGGAGGGGCGGUUGAUGGGGUCAACAUUCAGGAAUCAGGAUCAUCUGUGAUUUGACUGCACCAGCUGUACAGGAAGUGUAGUCCAGUGGCACAAUGACUGCACACCUGAGCUGCUGGACUGCACAGUGAAAAGAUGUCAACAGAAAGGAGAUCCAUGUGUUCGUGUUCAUUAACCCUUUCCUAAAUGAGCAAUGGAGUAUUGUAGCAAUGCAAUGGUUUUGAUAAUAUGAUCAGUCAUUCUAAAUUGGACAAAAAGUAAUAGGAUUAAAGAAGUUUUUUUUUUUAAGACCUGUUGCUGGAAUAGAUUGAUAAUGGCUAGUCAGCUUCAUGCAGACAUAAACCAAAGUUGUAAUUGUGUAGCUCCAAUGUGAGUAGAAUAGGUGCUGUCUGGUCUCCAAGCAAUGCCAAUGUGAGUAGAAUAGGUGCUGUCUGGUCUCCAAGCAAUGCCAGAACAAUAACAGCAGUAACUGAGGAAUUUGCCAUUGGAUUGUGCUCUUCACUUUCAUCAUACUACCCCGGAACCUGUAUAAUCAAAUACACAGCUAUGUCUUUGAUGUGGUUCACUAUCACUCUGAAAGAUUCCAGAUAGCAAAAUCUUCAGUGUCAAUUCAACUCUUAACAGGUUCUGUGUCCUGCCAGUAUAAAAUAAUUUUAAACAGCUUAUUACUGUGCUGUUUAUGCUAGCCAAUUCUUUCUAAGGGUACAACCGUAGUUUCACUCAAAUACCUGUGAGAAUUAAUAUUUUUACAUCUCAAUAUAAACAUCCUGCUAUUGUAUUCAGGAGUAAUGUUUAAUAUACUGUAUCAGGAUUGUGAGAAUGGCCAUGCUGUUGUGAAAACCAACAGCUUUUAUUUUGUGUUUUUAAGAUGAUACAAGGUCUUGGCUUAACCCUAUGGCCAUUCCAGUCAGUGACAAUGCAAAAAUACUUCCUUAUAUUUAUGCUAACGAAAAUGUGCACAACCAGAAACCAUCAUCAGGUUGUGCUUGGCAAAAAGCCAUUUUCAAUUGCCAAAGGCUUCACUUUAAUUUAUGAUGCACAACAUACUCGUUAGUCUUUUUUAAUAUAAUCUGCCUGGCAAGAAGAAGCUGCAGAAGAGCUGAGUUGUAAAUUGCUAUUGUAAAUUUGUUUUAAGUGAAAGUGUACAUGAGACUUUGGUUAAACUCCCUUGGUAAAUAUCAGUUCUGUUAGAGGCUUAACCCUUGAGUUUAGAGCUAUAGACUACUUAACCCUAGUUGAACUGUAGUAAUUGUUCCUGCACACAAAGAUUAGGACAGUCUAUGACAGUUUCAGUAUUGCAUUAAACCCUAUGUCAAGGUUAUUAUAAUUAGUCAAAUUAACAAAUUAAAACAGAACACCACUACUUGAAGUUUUUAACAAAGCUUUGACUUCAUUCAUGGUACUAGACCUCACAGGAUUAAGCAGUGCAGUUUGUAGCUUUUAUAGUUGUGUGAUCACAUGAUUUGGCCUUUAUUUGUCGCACUGCAAUGUUUUAACGGGUUAUUGUUUCCUGGCAAUAAUGUCAAUGUGAAGUAACUUCAAGAGAAACAUUUAAAAGCUUAAGGCUUACACCGUGGUGCACAGUAAUAUCAAACACAGUGUUCUUGAUAUGCACAGCAGAUUUAUGUGGUACUAUUAAUAUUUACAUAUACAUGUAUAUUCUCAUUUACAAACGCCACAGGCAUAUGACUAUUGGAAGAGUUCCAUAUAUACCAUCAUAUACAAUUUUAUUCACAAUAAAUUGAAAAUAUACAGAAA